AUGGCAACUUCCAGCUGUCUGCUGUCAGAGGACAAGUUCCUUUGUUCUGUCUGUCUGGAUGUGUUCACUGAGCCAGUCUCAACGCCAUGUGGACACAACUUCUGCAGUGCAUGUAUCUAUAAGUAUUGGGACAGCAGGGACAUUUGCCAGUGUCCAUUAUGCAAAACAACAUUUUCUCCAAGACCUCAACUCCAAGUCAACACUUUUGUGUCUGAGUUACUCGCUGAGUUUAAGUCGUCAGCUCAAGUUAAAGCCUCAACUCCAGACCCACAACUUCCUGGAACAGCAGACGUUCUUUGUGAUAUCUGCUCUGAUUUAAAGGAAAAGGCCGUCAAAUCUUGCCUGACGUGUCUUGCGUCUUUCUGUGAAGUUCACCUUGAGCCUCAUCACAGAGUUCCUACUUUUAAGAGCCACACAUUAUUAGACCCUGUGAAGAAUCUUGAUGACAAAAUGUGCAAGACACACAACAAGAUAACAGAACUGUAUUGCAGGACUGACCAGGCCUGUAUUUGUGUCUUGUGCAUCAAAACUGAUCACAGGAGUCACAGUGUUGUCCCACUUGAGGAAGAAUAUGAAGCAGUGAUGGCAAAGAAAGAUGAGACCAUGGCAAAUAUCCAAAAGAUGAUAGAGUCACGGUGUGAGAAGAUAGCUGAGAUUGAAGAGUCACUUGAAGUCAGCCAGAGAGAAGCUGAGAAAGAGAAAGAAGCCAGUGUGCAGGUCUUCACUGACCUGAUCCGCUCCAUCCAGAGAAGCCAGGCCGAGCUGGUUGAGCUGAUUGAGGAGAGGUACAGAGCAACAAAGCAAAAGGCCGAAGGUUUCCUCACAGAACUGAGGAUGGAAGUCGCUGAGCUCCAGAGCAGAAGCAGCCAGCUGGAGCAGCUGUCACAGUCUGAGGAUCACCAUCAUUUUCUCCAGAGCUUCUCAACCCUGUGCUCUCCUUCAAACAAGGACUGGACCAACGUCAGUGUUCACAGCCAUCUGUCUUUGGAGGCAGUGAGAGGGGCUGUGAGUCUGCUGAAACAAAGACUUGAUGAAAUAAUGGAGGAGGAUCCUGAGAUCAAAAUGAACAGAAUGAGAGAACAUGCAGUGGACUUGACCUUUGACCCUGACACAGCAUAUUGCUCACUUGUUAUCAGCCAGGAUGGAAAACAAGUGACAAAUGUAGGCAGAAAACAGAAACUUCCCUACAGUCCAAAGAGGUUUGAAGUGUGUGCAGAGGUUUUGGCAAAGGAGGGGUUCACAUCAGGGAAGUUUUACUAUGAAGUGCAAGUGACAGGAAAGACUAACUGGUAUCUCGGAGUGGUCAGAGAGUCUGUUGAGAGAAAGAAAAACAUGACUCUGUUAGUUGAAAAUGGUUACUGGACCUUUGGGCUUAAAGAGGGUUCAUAUAGAGCCUAUACAACACCACGUGUUGAACUCUCACUGACAGAAAAGCUUGAGAAGGUGGCCAUCUUUGUGGACUAUGAUAAGGGAAAGGUUUCUUUCUAUGAUGUGAAUUCUAAAUCUCAUAUCUAUUCUUUCACUGGCUGCCACUUUACAGAGACACUGUAUCCAUACUUCUACCCUGGACUCUAUAUGGAUGGAACAAAGUCCGCCCCUCUCAUCAUAACCCCUGUACCUACAACACACUGAGUUUGGCCCUUCUUUAAAAGGUCCAGUGUGUAAAAGCCCAGAUACACCAAACCUGAAAGAUGAAGGCCGUUGCUGUGUCGUGACCAAAAAAUGUACGCAUCAUGAAAUGUUUCUAUUAAAGAGCUCAAUGGAAAAGAGAAAAUUAAUCUUACUGAAUGUAACAAGUAGAUUUUGACAAAUCUCGAUCUCGACAGACGGGUUUUAGUGGCAUCUAGUGGUGAGGACUGCAGAUUGCAACUAAUUGAAAUUUCCCCCGAUUACAAAUUUUCAGUGUCCAUCACUAGGAAGUAUUUACUUGGAGCUGACUUAUCCGCAGAAGACUUUCCCUCUUCAAUGACAAAAAAAACUCUGUGAUUUAAACCAGUUAAAAAACACGGUGGUCUCCGUAGACGAGGACCCGCUCCAUAUAUAGAUAUAAACGGCUCAUGCUAAGGUAACAAAACGACAAUGACUCUUAUUUUGGGGUGAUUAUACACCAAAGAAAACAUACUGUUAUUACAUUUAAUUUCUGCCAAUACAUCCCCUUUAAUCCUACACACUGGACCUUUAAUGUCAAUACACUUUACAGAUGUGCAAAUGUUAUAUUGGUAAUCUCAAACUAGCCUCUCUAAUAUUUACAUGUUUUCUCUUUAUGCAUGGAUAUAUAAAAGAAGCAUGACGCUGCAUGACAAGUGACUUCCUGUUUCCCUCUCUACACUGUACAUUUCUGUAAAUUUGAUGAUGUGAACUCAUGAUACUAAUGUUGCACAGUUAUAUUGUCAGAUCCUGUUGUAUCACAAUAGAGGAUAUAAUGUUUCUCUGUUGAGACGUUCUGUUCUCUUACAAUCUGCUGCUCCUGCAAAAUCAGACAUGUUUUGCCUUUCAAAGACCAGUGUCUAAAUAUUCUUCAUUUUGUUGGUUUCCUGUGAUUCACGGUAAUUUUUGUGCUUCUGUGACAACUGGGGCUGAAUAAACUGCACAUCUAAACUUGA